CCUUAACUCAGAAAAUGGGUUGUGCUCUGAAGGGCUUGAAAGCACCGUCCAACACGUGAGGCUCAUGUGACGGAGGUAGGUCAGUUUCUAAGCGAGGGAGAGAGACGUGUCUGUAGUCACAGGGUUUAUUUAACACGUAGUCCAUCCAGUCCACCCACACACACAUUUAACCACGACUGGAGCUACAGAACAGUUCUCGACUACGCCUAGAUCGCGAGUUGACAACAACGUCGUCUUACCGUCACAGUUGCAGGAUAUUUGGAACGUGGAAAAACGUUAAAGCUAUUUGACUACUGGAUUUGUGUAAAAAAAAACAUUAUUUCAAGGACAUACGACUUAUGCUUGUUUUUAGCAAAGGAGCAAUUUUUAUUUGUUUUUACCAGAAGUGAAUUUGGGAGAUUUUGUUUUUCGCUGUUAUCACCUUACUUUGGUUUGACAAGGGGAAAAAUGGAAAGGAUUACAAGUGCGCAACCUCCUCCAUGUAUGGCCAAACACCCGUCGCUGGAGAUAGCUGACAUGUCUGGAAUGGAUUUUCCCAUGUAUGUAUACAAGCCACGACGUGGAAUGAAACGAGGAGAAGACAGCAAGGAUACUUACAAGUUACCCCAUCGGUUAAUUGAGAAGAAAAGACGAGACCGGAUUAAUGAGUGCAUCGCCCAGUUGAAAGACUUGCUGCCAGAACACCUUAAACUAACAACACUGGGCCAUUUGGAGAAAGCCGUCGUCCUGGAGCUCACUCUCAAACACGUGAAGGCUUUGAACAGUCUGCUGGAACAACAGCAACAGAAAAUCAUUUCACUACAGAAUGGCAUACAAAUCGAACAGGGCAGUGGCAGCCCAGAGAACAGUGAGGAGAUGUUCCGUUCAGGUUUCCACCUGUGUGCCAAGGAGGUUCUCCAGUAUCUGGCCAACAAAGACAACAGCCAAGACCUGACCCCCCUGCAUGUGAUGAGGCACCUACAGAAGGUGGCCUCCGACAUGCUCCAGGGAGGGUCCAGCCCUCGCAGCGAGGAGCCCUCCUUCGAGGAGCAGGAGAGCCGGGAGAAGCCAGCCGGGCCCCAGCCCAAGGCACCCGAGGGCCACGCCAAGAACUGCGUGCCGGUGAUUCAACGGACUUACACCCACGGAAAUGGGGAGCAGAGUGGCAGCGACACAGACACCGACAGCGGCUACGGGGGCGAGCUGGAGAAGCGUGACCUCAAGGCCCAGCGGCCGAGUUACUACGGCCAGGAGAGCGAGCUGAAGUACGGCCUGAGCGACAGGGUCAAGCAAGAGAGCGACGAGCCUCAGGCCAAACGGCAGCGGGCCGACUCAUCUGAGGACGAGUCCCUCUCGGGGCACGAGGCGCUGGCGGGCCAUGGUGGCUAUGUGAGCUUCUCGCCACACCAGGCCCCAAUCUGCAUGCCCUUCUACCUCAUGCCCUCCGCCGCGGCUGCCGCCUACCUGCCCAUGUUGGACAAGUGCUGGUACCCAGGAGGCAUGCCCGUCUUGUACCCAGGGAUGGGGGGCUCUCCGCCAAACUUGUCCCCAGAGAAGCUCCCCUCGUCCCUGGUCAUGUCCCCCAGGGUGGGUUCGCCCACAGCCCCUCAGACCCCAAUGGACUCUCCAGCCCUCCUCCAAGCUCUAAAGCAAGUGCCCCCCAUGAACUUGGAAACCAAAGACUGAGAACUCUCCUCUGUUUCUAUUGUAUUUUCACUGGCAGCCCGCCCUCUGAAUGUUAAGGUGUUGAGAGCGGACCUCCCGUCGCAGGAAAACCUCCCCAGGAGGGAAAGCAGGGACACAAGCACUCAUAUCUCUCCCUCAGCGACAGCAGCAGCUGUCUGCCCCCAUUGUGCUCCACCACCCUUUCGAGAGCAGGCAGCCGCUCACACACACACACACACACACACACACACACACACACACACAUACACAUACACACACACACACACACACACACACACACACACACACACACACACUAGCCCAGUGACCACCGCCUCCCAGAACCAGUUCGAGCACCCAAAUCCAGAAGGAGCAGAGCAAGAGAGGUGACCCGGAGGCAGGUGUCCACACACCCAGAUUAAGAGAUGGCCUGCUGGGCUCUUGUUUUGUUUUGUUUUUUUUGGCGCUUUCGCAACACUGUGAAGAAGGUCAACUUAAGGACAUGAGCGCUGUGGUUGAGACUAGUAUGGGUCUAGGGGGAAGUCGAUUCUCUCAGCACCUGUAUUGAAUGUUAGAGUUGAAAACCCAGAAUGUGAUGCGCAGUCACCCCCAAAUGAUAAGGACUUGCCCUUUGCACACAAACACACACACACACACACACACACACACACACACACACACACACACACACACACUUACACAUAAACAUACCUUUCUGUGUUGAAUGUAUAAAAAAAGAAAGCAAAACCCCUGUAGAUGCUGCUUUUGAAGUUUCUACGUGCUGUAGACCCACCUCCGGAAGGUUCUACAUUUUCUGUAUCUGUGGCUGCUUAAAACUGCAACAGACCGUCCUUUCUAGUCUAGAAUGCAACCAAAUAAGUGUCUGCUUUGGUUGACCAGAGCUGUCACAAAAACAACACUGUUCCCAUCCCACCCACCAGUCGCCCUACCCCAGGAACAUACUCCCAAGAAUCUUGUUAAGAGCAGAGGUUAAAGGGGUGGGGGGACAUCAUCUUCAGGGCUGGUAACAUGUCACUCGUGUAAAUAGCAGAGUGAUAUAAUCACACAUGCAUUUUAGGUUUUGAGUUUGUAACCCAUUACCAUUGGUGCAAGUAAAUGGAGUCCUUGUGUGGUAAUGUCUUGUAAUUACAUUUGUUUAUACUACUUGUACAUCUAUAUUUUUGAUACGUGACUCACAAAAAUGUGUGUUUGCAUCGCAACAAGAGGGAGUCGUAGGCAGCCACUUUGCUGUAUGCCAAGAGAACGUGUAUAUAGCAUUGAGCUAGAAGUGGUUUGCAUUACACCCUAUGUUAAUUUCUGGUCAAAUUAAGACAGAUUUUUGGUCAUGCUGUUGCCUUUACUUGUCUAAAGCAGAUAAAAAACCGAUAUCUAAAUUCUUAAUCCUGGAUUUUAUGGAAGAGUGGAGAGGAAAGUGAAUGUAAUACAACAAAAUAUUAGUUUUGUAUAGGAAGAGGUACUUGGGGUUUUUAUUUUGGGACCUAACUGAAGGUUGCUCUAUGUAUAUAUUUUGUCUAUAAAGUAUGGUUGACAUUUUAAAAAACAUAAUAAUAAAGCUCUUUUUCCUGUGGAAA